AUUAUUCUCUUAACUGUUUGAACACCAAAAGCCAAAAUGAAAAACUCUGGGCAUGGCAGCGUUUCCUAUCGGCUGGUCGAUUAAUUUCUGUUGUACUCCAUAUUUGCGGCUGCUUGAAAAAUAUUUCUUUAGUUGCUCUCGUUUUGAGCAAUUGGGGGUGAAGCAUAGCGGACGUCUCCCUAGGAUCUCUAGGGUCAGUUUGUUGUUGCUAUGCCGUCUACCUCGAUCGAGGGGGAGGGUUUCGCGUCAGCGGUUCUACGGAUAUCUCGGUGAGGGGAGAGCUUUGCCUCGGUGGGUUCUUCGGACAGAGGGUCCGACGGAGGAAGGGAAGCAGACUCUCGCUUUAGUUUUUGCUCGACUUUGUUCGAACAUAGCCUGGAUAUUCAGUCAUGAGCAUCGUCACCUGGAUCGAUAGGGGCCUCGACAAUUCUGCUACUAAGCAGUGCUUAGCCGGGAUCAUGAGGAGGGCAAAUGAUUUAGGAUCGGAGAAAUUUAGAGCCAGUGGUGGUGACCCAGUAUGGGCAAAAGAAGAUGAAAAGAUGUUGAUUCGUCCCCAUCCUCAACCGCCGCCAUGGAGGAACUGUGAGACUAGGGUUUGGAAGGCUAUCUCUAUUUUUGGUUUAGUUUGCUUGUGUUUUUUACUUCGAUUGUCAGCUUGUUUUCUUUGUUACAUACGUUUAUUUCUGUCAGACUCUUAUAUUAGGUAGGGGUGAUGAGGGUUUUGCUCUGGUCACGUUUGGCUCACUUAGACCCAUUACAGGACAAGCGAACCAUAUUGUUCUGCCUAGGGUGAUUGGUUCUCAAGCUGGUUCGAGGGUUGGUGGCUGGAAGUGUUUCCUUUAUCUCUUUUGUCUCCCGCUGAAUAUUUUAUUAUGAAUAUA